AUGUCGGACCACAACACCAUUGGGAUCGGUGACGCUGCUGGUUUCCUCUCAAUGACGCUCAAGGCGGUGUCGCAGGACACGCUCAAGCGCAAGCUCGAGGAGAUCCAGGCGGAGAACGCUCUCCUCAAGUCGCACGCCGCAGUCUUGCUCGCCCGGCUUGCAGUGGCGCAGCCCGUCCCGUCGUGGAGCACGAGCGGCCCCGGAGGCGGGGCAGCGGCCCUCGUCGCCCUGCUGUCCGGCGAGGACAUGCUCCACAACGCCUCCGGCGGCUCCCUCUAUCUCAACGAGUCGCAGACGGCGCUGCUCGUCCCGUGGUUGGCUCUUUUCGCCACCCUCGGGAAGUUCGCCUGCGUGCCGCCGCAGCCUGAAAUGGCGCAGGCGGCCUGCGAGAUGGCCAAGCACCUCCUCAAGACGGGGCAGAUCUCAUACAGCGACCCUUCCCCGCUUCACGUGCUGCGCAGCUAUACGACGGUCAUCGCCGUGGUGGAGUCGUGGAAGCCAAAGGACGACGCGCACGUCGUCUUCUCCGCCGCCGACAUCCGCCCCGACUUCUACUCGGAGAUGCCGGCCGGCACGCCGCAUUGGGUGCCUACCAUGCUAAAGACGACGGAUCCAGAGCCGCGCAUGUGCACCUCCGGCGCGUCCGCCGGCCUCGGCUGCCUCGAGGCGAUGGGCGGGCAGCCUAUCGCGACGCCCGUCCCGCCGGGAAGCAACGCCUCCUCCUCGCUGUGCGUGUUCAACUGGCAGCCGGGCUUCAAGAUCACGUCGGAUCAGGAGUGCACGGGCGUGCAGCGGCCCGAGGACGCGCACAACCAGUCGCUCUCCGACUCCUUCUACUUUCCCUUCUUCUCGCUCGUCUUCUUCUCGCCGGCGCGCAUGGUGGUCGUCUUCAAGAGCGCGCGGCUGCGCGAGGCAGUGCUCGACUACGCCGCGGCGAACAGCGUCAAGCUCUUCAAGCUGAGCGACAAGUCGCUCCUCGUCAUCACGGGGAUCUCAAAGGCGCUCGUGUACGAGAAUGGCGGGAGCGCCGCCUACUUUGCCUUUUUCCCCGCGCGCGACGCGCCCGUGACCGUCCGCUUCGCGCCUGGCUGCAGCCGCGUGGGCUUCGGCGAGUCGUCGGGCGCUCUGCGGCUGCACUAUGCGAUGCAGCUGCCGCGCGCGCUCCUCGGCCUGCAGAUGUCGCACUUGACGUGCAGCUCGCCGUGCUUCUCCAUCGUCGACGCGGAUGGCAGUGUGAUGCGCGAACUCUUCGGAGCAAGCACGCGGAGGGCUGCGAGUGCGGCGUCUGCCGUGCGCUUCUCCCCGCGCGCGACUGCGGCGCUCUCGCCGCUCCGCUCGCUCACGCGGCUCUCUGUCUCCCUCCCAGGCAAGCACCCCGACGACUGCCCCUGCGGCAACUGCGGCAAGCACCCCGACGACUGCCCUUGCGGCGUCUGCCGCGGCCACACACGCGGCGGUGGCUGGCAGGCCGGCGGCUCCCGCGACGCGGCGGCUGCGCAGGCGGCCGAUUUCGCAGUCAUCAACGCGCGGGCCGCGGCGGACGCCGAGCUCACCGAGGAGGAGAAGUUCUACCGCAAGCUCAACGCGGUGAUCGCAAAGGGCGAAACGCUCGAAAAGGGCGCGAAGGAUUGGCCGCGCUCGCGCAAGAUGGACAUGGCGAUCCUGCGCGAGGUGAAGAAGCAAGCCAAGCGCAAGGCGGGGGGCGCGCGGCCGAUGACUCCCUGGAAGGCGAUCGCCGGCGUUCUCUUCGAGCUCAAGGCGCCCGCCGGCAGCAGCGACGCGCCCUUCGCCACGGACGCGCUGGGAGCGAACCUCUUCCCGCGCACGCUCAACAUCGAGAGCCGCUUCGCGGCCCUCUUCGGCCAAAACUGCUAG